UUAAAUUAAAAAAAAAAAAAAAAAAAAGGAAUAGCGCGCGCUCCCUGUACCAGCGAAAAGGGGAUCGGAGGCGAAAGAGAAUAAAACCAAUUACAUUAUUAUUAUUUGUUGCGGUUUAAGAAUCUGAAAAAGAAAGGAGAGGGAAAUAAAUAAAUCCCACCAGCAACUCCCUCCGCACAGACCGAGCCAGGCCCGCGGCAUACAGGAACCGACUGACCGGAGAGAGCCAUGUCUGAGGAGAAGCCCAAGGAAAGUGUGAAGACUGAAAAUGACCACAUCAAUCUGAAAGUGGCUGGACAGGAUGGAUCUGUUGUCCAAUUCAAAAUAAAGCGACAUACUCCCCUCAACAAAUUAAUGAAGGCAUACUGUGACAGGCAGGGUCUAUCCAUGAGACAGAUAAGGUUCAGGUUUGAUGGACAGCCAAUUAAUGAAACAGACACUCCUGCACAGCUCGAGAUGGAAGAUGAAGAUACUAUUGAUGUGUUUCAACAACAGACAGGUGGCAUGUGCUAAAAAAAACACCUUCCUAUGUAGAAGUCCUCUGACUCCUCCAUGCACCUCUACCCCAUUGGAUUUGCUAUCAGAUAGUACAUGCAACACAUCGCAACAAUUCUGAAAUGUUAAGACUGUCCUGAUUUCCCAACUGAUGUAUUUUGGGUUUAUUCCUCAUUUCCCCACCAGUUGAAAGUGUCAGCCAUUUUGUUAAGAGGGUUAAUCCAAAAUGCUAUGUUUAUUUUUUUUUUUUUUUGUGAGUGUUAGUACUUUCUUUUGUCUUCCUCUCCAUGUAUGGCACUGUCUGCUUUUACGGCAGUUCUCAUGUUUGACUCCCUCUUAAUGUAAAUUGCUGUACAUGAUCCAAAGCAGUAUGAAUUUUAAUCUCAUUUGUCAGAAUAGGUCAUUUUGAUUGUCACGCUUUCAUAAAACCUGUUGCUUUUGUACUGAACUCCUUUUUCUAUAUUGGGUGGAUAAAAAGGCUGUGAGUGCUGAUGGUGAGUUAUAAGAGGAGAGACAUGCUUUUAUUUGGUAGAUUGCUGUAAAUGUUUUAAGAGAAACUAUAGGCAGUAUAAUUAGUUCAUCUCAUUGAAGAGGCUAUGGUUCCUGGAGUCUACUGGCACCUUUCCUCUGUUCAGUAUUAAAUGUUUUUUGAUCAAUUUAACUCUGAAUGAAGCUCCUCUACUGCCUGCAGCCUGACCCCUACUGAAGGUAUGGCUCAAGUGGGCCUCAGCCAUACUAAAUUCAUACCAGUGGCUGUAAUAUGCUGACAAGAAUCAGCAGAUGGUCAUCUCUGCUGCCCAUCACUGCACUGGCUAGUGCUUCCACAUUUGCUCAAGCAGCAUCUUCUAAAGCCUGUGCUGCAGGUGCAUGGAGUCUCUCAUUUAUGCCUCGAUUUAAUUCUUUCCAAAUGGUCACUAUUUGUUAGAGAAACUUUUUAAACUAUUCUAUGGCAAAAUAAUUUGAAAAGCUUAUUUAAAAAAAAAAAAAGAAUUCCUUGGUGAUAAAUUAUUGGAAAACUGUUUAAUGGUGAACAGAGGGAUGGUGCCAGAGCACUCCAGGCAACUACAAUCACUUCAGUGAAAUAAAAUGGUUAGUGUCUAGAGUGUCUCAAAGUUCAUUGGGGGCUUAGUGGUAUUUUCCAAACUGACAAAUUUUAAUUUUACUGGUUUGGGUGUUGAAUAUAAAUGUUUAUCUUUUGGCAACAGAUUGGUGUCAGAGGUUUGUAGUGAAGUAAUCAUGAGUCUUGCCAUGCAGCGUGUUUGUUUUUCCCCCCUUUUUCUUUAAGAUCAUAUAUCUGAUUUCUUCCUCCAGCAGCCUAGUAAAUAUGUUGCUUUGGGAAAACACACAAUCUAAAAAUGACCAUGUUGCUUCCUUAGUGGAACAUUUACUGCCAUGUGAAUUAAAAAUAGGAACAUACCAACUGUACAAAAUUUGUUGAGGGCAUUGUUUCUACAUUAGAAAUUUCUCAUUCGGAGUAAAAAAGAAACAGGUGUGUGAGAGCCACAUCAGAAAAAGCAUGUUUGUUUUUGUGUUGUGGGUUUUUUUUUUUUUUUUAAAUAACAAAACGGCUUUAAAAUGUUUCAUUCAUACAAAAGGGUCUUUGAUGAAUUGCAAUAUAUGUCUGGUUGUUGACAAUGAUUUUUGACAAAUAGCUUCUACAGCCAGAGUGACAUUUAGUUUUGAAAACUUGCAAAAGCUCUAUCUUAUGAUUAUUUUUAACAUGUAAGAACGUUUUUACACUAAUCAGUUCUGAGUUGUAUUCCCGUUGAGUAGAUCAAAUUAAUGAAGAAGAAAAAAACAAACAAACCGUAAACCUACAUCUCCAAAGUAGGAAUUUUGUUUUACUCAUUAGUCCUUAAAUUGUUGCCUCUGGUUUCUUUUAAUACUUAUAACUGCUGGGUAAAUGUAUUAUUUCAACAAUAAAAUCAAGAACAAAAUUA